CAAGCAAUGAAAAGUGCCCCAGUUGAAUAUGGUCGCAUGGACCAUAUUCUAUAUUAUUAUUUUAUAUCACAUAUUCCAAUUACCUUAUUAUUUGACUUGCAAGCCAUCUAUCCUAAAACUUGGGUUCCUCAACUUCUCCUUGAUACAAACACUCGUUAUGUAAACAUAUUAAAUGACCCACUUAUGAACGCUACUCUCAAUACACACUUGUAUUGGUUUAAAUCCUUUGUUUUCUGUGAAGCAUUCUUACAACUUCCAUUCUUUUUUAUAGCCAUUUAUGGAAUAUCUCAUAGAAAACUUUGGGUUCGACUUCCACUGAUAAUUUAUGGCGCACAUGUAUCAACUACAGUUAUUCCUUGUCUUGCAGAAAUUAUAUUUGGGUCAUUAUUGACACGUUUCCAGCUGUUUGGGUUGCUUUGUCUUUAUCUACCCUAUUUGCUUAUCCCUCUAUUUGGUGCCAUAGACUCUUUUAUGAUGAUCUCCAAGAUUUGCUGUUCUACUGAAGUCAGUUUGUAGUUUCUUAUACAAGUAUAAAGAAAUACGUGUCUUUUAAUAAGAGAGUCAUUAAACAUCACCUACCUAAUCACUUGUAAAAAAGCAAUAAACUUUCUAAGUGGGUUUUUGGCCCAGGUG